AUGCCCGCAACUUCCUCAUCCCUCGACAUUAUCGUGAUUGGAGCUGGCCUCGGUGGCUUGGCUGCCGCCAUCUCCUGUGCCCUCGGCGGCCACAAUGUAACAGUCCUGGAACAAGCAAGAGAAUUGGCGGAAAUCGGAGCAGGCCUACAAAUUACACCAAACGCGUCGAGAUUGUUCCAACAAUGGGGGAUUGAUAGAGUUCUGGAGCCGUUGGCUGCCGAACCGACCUUCCUGGCUGUGCACAGAUAUUCUGACGGAAAAGUACUUGCCUUGCAGCAGAAUUUUGACAAGAAGAUACGAGCUAAGUACGGGGCUCCAUUCUGGGACUUACACCGUGUGGACUUGCAGAAGACGCUUGCACAAAGGGCGAAGGAUUUAGGCGUCAAGCUGAGGCUAAACUCCAAGGUCACCAGUGUGGACUUUGAGAACUCGACAUUACACCUGGACGACGGUACCACAUACCAGGCAGACCUUUUGGUCGGUGCCGAUGGAUUAUGGUCCAAGUGUAGAGCGCAUUUCCUGAAGCAGUCUGGCAAAGAAGACGCUCCGCUUCCGACCGGGGAUCUGGCAUACCGCAUUGUCCUUAACCUGGAUGAUCUUCAAGAUCCCGAGCUCCGGCAAUGGGUGUCAAAACCGGCAUGCCACUUCUGGGUUGGUCCUGGAGCGCAUGUUGUAGCGUAUUCUGUUCGUGGUGGUAAGCAGUACAAUAUUGUACUUCUUGUGCCCGAUAAUCUUCCUCCGGAUGUGUCGAGAUCUUCCGGAGACAUUAGUGAGAUGAGGGAGAUCUUCACCAAAUGGGACCCCAUCCUCAAUCGUUUCCUUGACAAUGUCAAGUCCGUCGACAAAUGGAAGUUGAUGCACCGUCCAGAGUUAGAUAGCUGGGUCAGCAAGAAGAGUAAUUUCGUCUUCCUUGGAGAUUCUUGCCAUCCCAUGCUACCCUACCUAGCUCAAGGUGCAAACUCGUCGCUAGAGGAUGGCGCCGUCCUCGGAAACCUGCUCGCUGUAGUGAAGAGUAAAGAGCAACUACCCGAGGCGUUGCGUCUGUACGAGAACCUGAGAAAGAAGCGUGGUGAAGCCAUUGUUCGCGAGACCUUUGCCCAAAGGAAUGACUUCCACAUGAUGGAUGGAGAAGAGCAACGAGCGCGCGACGAGCUGUUCGCGAGUCAACUGGGCAAGGAAGAGCCCGAGGUCAAGUUCCCGAGUCGUUGGACUUGCCCAGUGGUACAGCCAUGGCUCUACGGCUAUGAUGCAAGGAAAGAGGUAGACGAUGCCUUGAAAGGAUCAUCACUGGCUCAGUAA